AUGGCAAUGGGUGUGUUGAAGAUUGGAAUUCCUGUCAAUGGAGUAGAAGUUGAUACUGAAUGUAAGAAGUUAGGAACAAUCAGAGACAACAUUGUGGAUAUCCCGAUAAAGCCCGACGCUGUGCCAGUUGUCCAACCAUAUCGACGUAUACCGGUGGCCUUAGAGAAGAUGGUCGAUAAGAAGUUGUCCGAAUUACAUGAACAGGGCGUUAUCGAGCCAGUGAAUGAGCCGGCGAAAUGGAUAUCACCUCUAGUCGUGGUGCCGAAGGGUGUCGAUGGUGAUGUGUGCCUAUGCGUCGACAUGCGUCGCGCAAAUGAAGCAGUGGAGAGGGAAAAUCAUCCUUUGCCCACAUUUGAGGAUUUUUUACCACAUUUGUCGAAAGCAAAAGUUUUCUCCCGUUUGGAUGUGGUCAGGUAG